AUGUUAGCGCUUAGAGAAAAGAAAGAGAUUAAUGAACCAACUAAGACAGAAACCGGGUUAAUCGAAACCCCCAAGUCUACUGAUAGUACUUUAGAUGGAAAAGAGACUGAUACACCGUGCACCACACCUAGUGAUGCAUUUAUAUUAGAAAUGCCCGACACAGUUCUGGACUAUUCAGAAAUAGCAUAUUCCGGGGAGGAUGAGUCUGAUGAAGCACCUGCUUCCCGCCCAAAAACCACUUGGGAGGAAUACCAGCGAAAGAAUGCCAGUUUAAUGGAGGAGGCUACUAAAAUGUGCACAGCCAAUGCGCAGAGUGCACAUAAUAAAUCUCCAUUAGAAAGCGCUUAUGAAAUGGAAGAAAGUGCCCCAGAUGAAGAAAUUAUUGAACUAGAUGAGGAGAGUAGAGAGCAAAGUGAAGAAUUAGAACUAGAAGAUGAAGAUUUAGAGGAAAUAAAAGAAGCUCCAGAGGUGGAUGCGUGCGAAAUGGAUACUUCAUUGGAAGAGGAUCAAAUUGAAGAAGAAAAAAUAGAAGAUAAUGAUAUCCCUAAUAUUUUAGAGCAGUCCAGUGAAUUGGUGGAUUUAUUACACACAGAAGAGACGUGUAUACAAAAUGAAACCUAUGAAGAGCCUUUAGAUGCUCCUAAGAAUGCCUCUGAUAAUGAAAGCCUAGUAUUUGUUUCUUUAGAAGAAGAGUCCGAUGACCUAGUAUACUCUCCGGAGCCUAUGAAUUAUGCACCUGCCAGCACUAAUUCUACUAAUAGCGAUGAAGAAGCUCAAGAAAAAAACAAACUGGAAAAACUAGAAAAGGAUAUUUCUUCAAAUACAGAAGACAGUUUAUAUAUUUCAGCCACACAGGAUACAAAAGUAGAAACUGAGGAUAUUUUAGAUGUUCAUUCCAAAGAAUUCAGUAACUCUGAGCAAGCACAGAAGACUCUUAAAACAAUAACCACUGGAACACUAUCUGCACCUUGUCCAAGGAAUGUAUUUGAAGAAACCAUUAAAGCAGAUAAAGAACGAUCUAGAAAGCUUCCUCAUACUGUGGACAUGCCUACAUUAGAUAAAAAUGAACAGUCAGCAGCACAAUUAUCUGCUACUCUUCCCGAAAAGAUAAACACUCAAAGUAUACCAGCAGAGAAAACAGAAUGUGUUUCUUCUGAGCUUACAAAAACAAAAGAGGGAAUACUUACAGUACCAGCCGAAAAAACUUCUCUUUUUGAAAGGCUACUUACAAUUGCACAGGCAGCAUGUCCUGCUUCCUCUUUUGUUCUUGCAGUUAUCUUCCUUGCAGGGAUAUGGCGUGCGCCUAAACCAUAUAAUUCGGUCUUACUUCUCUGCAGACAGUGA